UGUCUCUAACCUAUCAAGCUGACAAAUAAAAUACAAAAAGUGAGCUACAUAUAAGCAUCUAGUUGAUAAAACCAUGGUUCAUUAAACAGGAAUGUCUUCAUAUACCAGCCACUGAAAUGUAUUUAUUUCGAAUGUAAACAUUCUUGCUUAAAGCUAUAUUAUGAAACAGGAUCGAUUAAACCUCGAGCGAUAGGUGGUUCAAAACCACGAGUAGCUACAACCCCGGUCGUACAAAAAAUUGCUGAUGAUAAACGGGAAUGUCACAGCAUAUUUGCGUGGGAAAUACGGGAUCGACUGUUGUCCGAACAAGUUUGCAAUAGUGAUAACAUUCCAAGUAUAUUAUGAAACAGGAUCGAUUAAACCUCGAGCGAUAGGUGGUUCAAAACCACGAGUAGCUACAACCCCGGUCGUACAAAAAAUUGCUGAUUAUAAACGGGAAUGUCCCAGCAUAUUUGCGUGGGAAAUACGGGAUCGACUGCUGUCCGAACAAGUUAACAAUAGUGAUAACAUUCCAAGUAUAUUAUGAAACAGGAUCGAUUAAACCUCGAGCGAUAGGUGGUUCAAAACCACGAGUAGCUACAACCCCGGUCGUACAAAAAAUUGCUGAUUAUAAACGGGAAUGUCCCAGCAUAUUUGCGUGGGAAAUACGGGAUCGACUGCUGUCCGAACAAGUUAACAAUAGUGAUAAC